AAUUACCUCCCUCCUGAAUGGUAUCGUCUAUUUCAAAAUGGCGGGCGACGAAAGAUGGAAUUACGGCAAUAUGGACAUGUAUUUGCCACAAAAUCCGCCCUCUAGUGGCUCUAUUUCACAAAAUUAUAACCAACAAACAGAACCAUUGCCUCACAGAACAGACGGGGAACCUCCAGUCACCCAGAACGGGCAGACAAGUCACGAGGAUUCGGCGUUCUACCUCCUAAAAGAUAUGCCAGGUAUCCCCAGACCAGGUGGACCUCAUCAUGUGUCACCAGGUGCACAAGCUGCAGUAGACAUCACAGGCAGUGUGAACCUGAUCCAGCACCAUGGUCUGGAGCACUCAUUCCAUAAGUUCUGUGGCAAGAAAGUCAAGGAGCCCCUCAGCAAUUUUCUACCAAACUUACCAGGUUUUAUAGACACUCCAGGUUUGCAAGAUGGAAGCAGUCUGAGGUCGCUCAUUGAGAAACCACCCAUAGUGGGAAAGGAGCUGUAUCAGCUGUCAGGACCACAACUUCAGGGCUUCAGGUUACAUCCAGGGCCGAUCCCGGAGCAGUACAGAUUACUUCACCAGCAGCCUCCAGCCAAGAAGAAACAUAAAAACAAGAAGCACAAGCGUGAGCACAGUAAGACCAGUGAGGGUAUGUCAGUCCAGGAUAGCUCUCAGAGCCACACAGAUAUGGGAGCAAGCAGCACUACAAGUGGGGAGAAAAGUGAAAAGAAAACUAAGAAACAGAAGAAGCACGAAGACAGUGAAAAGAAGGAGAAGAAGAAAAAGAAAGACAAGAAGAAGAAAAAGACUGGGAGCACCUGAGAAGCAGUCUUCUACUGAUGGUGUCAUCAUUAUCUUUGCCAGUCAGAGGGCAGCUAGACCACGGACCCAACGACCUGUCAAUCAAUCAUGCAAAUUACAUGCAAAUUGACCAACCAUGCAUUAGAUAGAGAUUUUUUUGUUGUGGACACUUUGUUGGAGGGAAACAUUGGACCAUACAUUUGAUAGACUUCCUAGGUGUUCGUAAUAAGUGGACAUUUUUAGUUUUCAUAGUUGCUUGCUUCGGUGAUCUUAGUUUGGAAGAUUGGUGCUAGCUAGAUGUACAUUUUCUUCAUAGGAUGUUUGUGCUUCAUACAAGUCAUGGAAAACUAUACUACACAGAAGUAUUAGGCUUGCUCCCUAGGGACAUCACCAAAAAGCUAUCUAUUGAAGCAGGUGUUAGGACUCUUCCCUCUAGUUUUCUGCAUUUUUUUGGAUGAAGUACUACGGAUGGGGUCAAAAUUCAAAGAGCUGCACUCUGAAAAACUUACAGCAAAGUGUCCCAGAAUGUCUGUGAUAGCCAGUUUGUAAUUUAUGUUUUGUGAUACAUUAUAUACUUGUAUUAUAUUUAUAGCAAUCACAACCAUUAUGAUAACAUCAGAAAUUAUUGUACAAAAUCAUAACUGCUUUUCACAAGCUGUUCAAAAAAGGAUAUGUGUGGCAAAAUAUUCCAUAGAUGUUCAGGAAUGAAAAAUUGUAAACAUCAGCAUUUUCCCAGAAAUUAUGUUAAAAGCUUGUACAUAUCUGCAUGUAACUCAUCUACAUUUAUGCUGGUUGAUAAAGACUAGUGACUAGUUUAUAAUCUGUUUAUAUCAUGUAGAUAUUGUUCAGGAAUUGCUGAUUGAAUAUCUCGGUUUCCAAGUUUGCUUCUUCCUUUUUUUUUCUAAAUCAAACAAAACGAACCAUUUGGGAUUUGAAUCUACCACGAAAUGCUUAUUUUGGUACCAACAUUUGAUGAUGGUUCUUCUCUUCCUAGUUGUAAAGGACUGGUUUUCCAUCUGUCAAUUGCAUCAAAAGUUGAUAUAAGUUCAAAAAUCUUUGGUUUGAAAAGUUAACCAGCCUUGUAUGUUAACUUUUUGGCUUCUGCGGUAGCAUGUAGUUCCGAGAUGUUUGUUUCACGUUGAUUUGGCCCACCUACUUUAUUUUUUUCCAAAAGCCGAGAACCAAGAAAUUAAACUAGUGCAGCCUCAUGUAAUUAUUCUUGCAUUAAACCUUAACAUGCGUAUGGUCUAUAUUAGGAAUAUAGAUUAAAGACUUUGAAUACUUGCAAAAUCAUACUGACAAUGUAUAAUAGUAUCUGUUUCUAGCACAUUUUGAUGCUUGUUUUACAAAGCCAACUGUGGUUUGUAUCAUAGUCAUUGGCCAGUGAAGUUUGUCAUACUAAACAUAGAUUUGUAUUCGCAGAGUGUCAGAGCCAAAGUUUGAGAAAAAAAUCUGAUGGUGCAAAUUUCUUGUUGGAUCCAUGAAUGGAAUAUUUUGAAUUUUAAGUACUAUAUGAAUCCCUUAUCAUUUCAUUUUCUCACUGAAAAUCACCAUGAUUGGAGAAUUUCCCAGCCCCCACAGUUGACCAUUACAAAGCCAUGUUGUGUAAGAGGCAAAAGUGCUGUGUCCAUUCAAACACAACCAUGUUUUCUGAUUUGUGACUGCACACAUUUUUAAAUUGGGACCCUCUGAAAUAGUUGUUUGUGCUUUUUCUGGAAAUAACUUUCAAAUGGUUUCAAUCUUGUAAAACUUUACUGGCUCUGUUCACAGCUUGAUGAAAAUGUGAUGAAAUAUUAAUUUUGUUUGUCAAGUUGGAUGCAAUGGAUGGACGCAGGAGAGAGCCCUGUAUUAUAUCAACCCUGUCCUGGUCAGAGUAAUGAAACAGCCCUUCCCUAAUGAUUCCCCAAUCAUACAGACAAUUGUGGGAUUCAUUCUCAUUGGGGUUUGUCCACUGAUGCACGUAAGGGGAUAGUUACAAUCAAAUAAUUUUACAUGCUAAAGUGAUAGCAUAGUCAUGGGUCACAAGAAAUGAUCAUUAUGACUUCAUGAGCAAUGAAUUGUUUUGCCCCCCUCACAUGUAUUCAUGGAUGGUCCCCCUGAGAAGCUGUGCAGUAUGUUGUGGUGUUGAACCAGGUUUAGCUCUUCAGAUGCAGCUACACAUGUAAUUAUACAGACUCAAAUCUUAUUAUACUCUGACCCAGUGCCCA